AUUGCAGACUUGCGAAGACAAAGUAUUAGGAGAGAGAGAGAGAGAGGAAGAAGAAGAAGAGAGAGAGAGAGAGAGCAGAUCCAUAAGAAAAACCCCUCACUCUCUCUUCUUUCUUUUCUCAAUCCUCACUUCAUUUCACAGCUAAACAAAAAGACUCUUAUCUUUAUACUUUUGUCACCAUGUUCUCCUUGAAUGGAAGCAGUUUUACGAACAAUUCGCUAUCUGGGGUUUCAAGAUGUGUGACUCAGUCAAGCAGAAGAGGAGCUUCAGGUCCUAUGGUAGUAGUAGCAGCUGUGAAUUCAAAUGGUAAACCAGGAGACAGAAAUGUGAGUGUUUUGGUGGAGAAUUCUAUGAAGGAAAGUGCUGCUGCGCCGGUAGAGAAGGAAAUUAAAUCUACUGUGACAGGUGGAGUUGGUGAUGUUUAUGGUGAGGAUAGUGCCACUGAAGAUCAGUCCAUCACCCCUUGGACCCUCUCUGUUGCUAGUGGUUACUCAUUGUUGCGUAAUCCGCACUACAACAAAGGGCUUGCUUUCAGUGAGAAAGAGAGAGAUUCCCACUACUUGCGUGGUCUUCUUCCUCCGGUCGUUGUUAACCAUGACCUUCAGGUCAAGAAAAUGAUGAACAAUCUCCGUCAGUAUGAGGUACCACUGCAAAGAUACAUAGCCAUGAUGGAUAUUCAGGAGAUGAAUGAAAGGCUUUACUACAAGCUUCUUAUGGACAAUGUUGAGGAGCUGCUUCCUAUAGUUUACACUCCAACUGUAGGUGAAGCAUGCCAGAAAUAUGGCAGCAUCUUCAGGCGUCCUCAAGGUCUUUUUAUCAGCUUGAAAGAAAAAGGCAAAAUUAACGAGGUAUUAAAAAAUUGGCCUGAGAGGAAAAUUCAAGUUAUUGUUGUUACUGAUGGAGAACGAAUUCUGGGCCUUGGUGACCUUGGUUGCCAGGGAAUGGGGAUUCCAGUAGGCAAGCUCUCUUUAUACACUGCUCUGGGAGGCAUUCGUCCAUCAGCUUGCUUGCCCAUUACCAUUGAUGUGGGUACAAACAACGAGGAUUUGUUGAACGAUGAAUUUUACAUUGGACUCAGGCAAAGAAGAGCUAGAGGACAGGAAUAUGCCGAACUUUUUGAUGAAUUUAUGUAUGCUGUCAAGCAGAAUUAUGGGGAGAAAGUGCUCAUUCAGUUUGAAGACUUUGCAAAUCAUAAUGCAUUUGACCUCCUUGCAAAGUACGGAACUAGCCACCUUGUUUUCAAUGAUGACAUACAGGGAACGGCAUCUGUGGUUCUCGCAGGGCUCAUGGCAUCAUUGCAGUUGGUUGGAGGAACCUUGGCUGAACAUACAUUCUUAUUCCUUGGAGCAGGGGAGGCUGGAACAGGUAUAGCAGAACUCAUAGCUCUUGAAAUGUCAAAGCAGACUGGAAUCCCUCUGGAAGAGACUCGUAAGAAAAUUUGGAUGUUGGAUUCUAAGGGGCUGAUUGUUAAUUCUCGCAUGGAGUCGCUUCAACAUUUUAAGAGGCCCUGGGCACAUGAACACGAACCAGUAAAAGAACUGGUGAAUGCUGUCAAGUCAAUUAAGCCAACAGUUUUGAUUGGGUCUUCUGGAGCUGGGAGAACAUUUACCAAAGAAGUUGUACAAGCUAUGGCAACAUUCAAUGAGAAACCAAUUAUUUUUGCCCUCUCCAAUCCAACGUCACAGUCUGAAUGUACUGCUGAAGAAGCUUAUACCUGGAGUGAGGGGCGAGCCAUUUUUGCUAGCGGGAGUCCAUUUGCCCCAGUUGAGUACAAUGGGAAAGUCUACGCAUCCGGUCAGGCAAAUAAUGCAUAUAUCUUCCCUGGGUUUGGUCUAGGACUGAUAAUUUCCGGUGCAAUUCGUGUCCACGAUGACAUGCUCCUGGCAGCCUCGGAAGCUUUAGCGGAGCAGGUUAGUCAAGAGAACUUUGAGAAGGGGCUCAUAUACCCGCCAUUUACCAACAUAAGAAAGAUUUCAGCCAACAUUGCUGCCAAAGUAGCAGCUAAGGCAUAUGAACUAGGUUUGGCCACUCGUCUACCAGAACCUGUGAACCUAGUAGCAUAUGCAGAGAGCUGUAUGUACAGCCCCGCUUACCGCAGCUAUCGUUGAGUCAUAGAAGAUAUGUUGGUUCAAAAAGUUAGUCAAUCACUGUUCUUUUAAGAUUAGUUAGUUAUUAAUGUCUUUUCUUUCUUUUUCUUCUUUUAUUCUCAAACUAUCUGUUCAGUCCUGGCAGUGAUAUACACGUGACUGAAAACAUACAGUAGCUUGCAGAUGUUGUGUAUUCAUGAAAUAUUUUAUUAUGUAAGCGUGAAAUGUAGGGAGCUCUGCAGCCUAAAAGCUUAAUAAGCCUCAUUAAUUUUUCUUAGUUUGUUAGCGAAAAUGUUUCCGGCUGGUUAUAUAAGGGAUAUGGUCUGCAUACA